AUUUGGUUAUCAAAAUUUCCGUCUGGCGGCUCUGACGCUAGUAAUUUGUGCACUGGCCCAUCGAAAACUAAAUGCAAAAAUAAACUUGAAAAGCAGCGAGCCAGCAUGCGCGCAUCCGGCACCGAAGUUUACCGUUAAACUUCACCGCAGGCCGAUUAUUAUUUCUGAUCUCGCAGCACCCAGCGCAGUUUUAGCCAUGACGUGAUCUCUCUCGGCAGCGCAUUUAUUCCGGCAGCCGAAAAUAUUAUGGCGAAGGGGGGUUGCUCUCUGUGAAGGGGGUGACUCAUUUCGGGGGUGGUUCGUGCGCCGCGGUUGUUUGGUAAACCGGUUCUCGGCUGCGGUGGCGGCGGCGCUGCCGGUUCAGUGCGAGCAGCUCUUGGGGGCGUCGCACGUGGGGGCAGGCGAUGUUGUGCUGCCGCCCCAAGAAGGCCCCCGACUCCCCGGAGCCCCCUGCCGAAGAGCCGCCCCCGGCGGCGGUUCCGGCACCCGCGCCCGUUGUGCAGAGGGCGCCGCCCUCGCCGCCUCCGGAGGCUGCACCCGCCGCCGCAGAGACAGAGAGUGUCGAGGAGCCGUCGCCGGGGGCGCGCGACCGCCUCCGCGAGAGCCGCCUCCGCUUCUUCAGGGAAGGUGGAAUCUGCGCAAUGAGUGCAUCAGUGCAGGCUUUUGACGAAAUCCUGCAAGGGCCACUGGCCGCGUACUUUGAUGCCUCGACGAAAAUCGGAGGGGAUGUGGCUACUCACGCCGACCUGGUGCGAAAGGCAUUCAGCGUGCAGAGGGCAUACUUGGAGAUGGCCAGCACCAGUGCUGCACCUGCCGCAGCUCAGCUUCAGACCCUGCUGAAACCCACGUCUGACCAGAUCUCGGCCAUCCAGCAGUUCCGCGAGAAGAACCGCGCUUCCAAGCUGUUCAACCACUUGAGCGCCAUCUCCGAGAGCAUCCCCGCUCUCGGCUGGAUUGCUGUGUCACCGACGCCUGGACCUUAUGUGAAGGAGAUGAACGACGCCGGCCAGUUUUACACCAACAGAGUACUUAAGGAGUGGAAGGAAAAGGAUAAAGUGCACGUUGAUUGGGUGCAUGGAUGGGUCCAAGCACUGACCGCGCUGCAGCAGUUCAUCAAGCAGCACCACACCACCGGACUUGUGUGGGCUGGAAAGCAGCAGGCGACUGGUGGCGCUCCGCCACCGCCGCCACCUGGCUGUCCUCCGCCUCCCCCAGUCCUGGACAUGAGCCAGCUGAACGUGUCCAACGGAGACGCCAGCAAUGAUCGCUCAGCACUUUUUGCAGAGAUUAAUAAGGGCGCCGAUAUUACCAGUGGACUCAAGAAGGUGACUGCUGACAUGCAGACUCAUAAGAACCCAUCGCUCAGAUCAGGACCUGCUCCGUUCAAGGCUCCCCCUGGAAGUGCUUCAUCUGGAGGCAAAGCUGUGAGUGCGCCAGUCUCCAAACCGCCGCUCAUGGCCAAGGAAGGAAAAAAGUGGAUUGUGGAAUACCACAAGGGCCGCAAAGAUUUGGUCAUCGAUCAGGUUGAGAUGAACAACGUGGUCUACAUGUUCAAAUGCGAGGAUUGCGUGCUCACCAUCAAGGGAAAGCUCAACUCCGUGGUGAUGGACUCGUGCAAAAAGUCUGCUGUAGUUUUUGACUCGCUUGUCUCGUCAGUUGAGUUUGUCAACUGCCAGUCUGUGCAGAUGCAGGUUUUGGGCACCGUUCCCACCGUUACAGUGGAAAAGACGGAUGGCUGCCAAAUGUACCUGAACGAGCAGUCUGUAAACGUGGAAAUCAUCUCGUCGAAGUCUUCUGAAAUGAACAUAAUGAUUCCUGACCAAUCGGGCGACUAUAUGGAGUAUGCCGUGCCUGAGCAAUUCAAGACUACCAUCAAUACUGGCCGAAAAGGCAUCACUACAACUGCGGUCGAGAGCCUCGGUUAAAACAUUUCUAAACGCAAACAAACAGAAGCCCUGCCACACUCUGUGGUGUCUCAAUGCAACCUUAUUGGGCUUGAUGUUUCAUAUUUAUUUUCUUUGCAUUAAAACUAACAACUUGAAAGUAUUGAAAAUCUGUAUGAUUGGAGUGAUCGCUUUUGUGUGAUCUACAAAAACCACUGUCUUGUCAUUUUUAAACUGAUCAAUUAUUUUCAUUUUUACUACUCUAAGCCGAGUAUAAGCUCUUUCAUGCUUAAGACUUUAGAAUUGUAACCGAUUGGUGUAUUUUUAAGUCUUACAAAUAAACUCGCUAAUAUUAUGGA